AUGGAUAAGCUCAACUCCAACCUCGAGUAUUUCGGAGAAGCUGUCGAGAUAUGCGAAGAACAAGGUCUUAUUCCUUUGAUGACCUUCUCUCACAACUACUCCAAAGAGAUAAUCUGCCAGUUCUAUGCCACUGUCGUGUUCCUUGAGGAUGAGGGUGGUUUCCGCACUUUGAAGUGGAUGACUAGGGAGCAUGUGAUGGAAGCCACAUGGGAAGAGUUUGCUAGAGGCAUUGGAUAUGAACUUCCCGAGUUUGAAAUCAACUUCUUCAAGAUUCACCUUCAGCCCAAGCCAAUGGCCAAAGAGAAGAUGGCCGACCUCUACAUUCCCGGAAGGAUGUUGUGUGGAAGUGCUUACAAUCUCCUUCCCGUCUACGACAUCAUGAAUCGGAUCUAUCGCAGCACCAUCAAUCCCAAGCACACCAACCAUGAUGAAGUGCAUGGGUUUCUUGUGAACCUUCUUGUGCGUACUCAUGAGAUGAGGGGCCGCGGCAAGCAAUUGGAUGUCAUGGAUUACAUUUGGCAUGAGAUGCGUGAUUGUGCCUUUCUUCGCAAGCUCCCUCAAUAUGCCCCCUACAUUAUGAGACUCAUUUGCCUCAAGUGGGAUCGAGCGGGCCGUGGAGAUCUUCUUGAACAAUGCCGCCCCAACAUCACUAUCCAUAAGGAGAAGAGCCCCCUUGUCAAGAAGCAUGACCCUCCAAGUUCCGAGGACUCCAUCCCCGAGCCACCUCAUGGCAAAGGCCAUGUCCAAGAGGAAGACGAUGAUGAUGAAGACGAAGAAGAAGAGGAGGACGAUGUUGAGAACGAGGGUGAUGAGGAGGAUGAAGAUGAGGACGAUGAUGAUGAUGAAGAGGAUGACGAGUGA